CAUUAUGCUCCUUGAUGCGAACGUGGCGUGGUCAUCGCGUUCUCUACUCCAGGACCACGAUCGCACGAGGAGGUACAAGAGCGACUGUCUAACAAGAUGGACGCUCCACUACAAGCUUACACUGAAAGCAGCCAGCGAAAUGGCCGAACCGGUCCGUCUGCGCACAAGUCAAAAGGCAAGGGCAAGGGGAAAGGCAAAGCAAGCUCAGCACGUCCAGCCGGCCCGAUCAAAUACAGCAGGAGCGCCAGGCGCGUGAACACCGUGACGUUCGACGAUGCGGCGCGCGCAGAAUACCUCUCUGGGUUCCACAAGCGCAAAGUCCAGCGCAAGGAGAAGGCGCGCAAGUAUCUAGAGGAGCAAAAGAAGAUCGAACUUAAGGAGAAUCGGCGAGAAGCUCGGGAGGCGCGGAAGGAACAGGCCAAGGAGAACGUCAAGGCUGAGCGGGCGCUUUUCGGUGAUGCGUACGAAGGAGGGCUAGGAGAGGAGGAGGAUGGCAAAGGCGGCAACGAGGUAACACCAGAAGGUCCAGAAGAGGAGUACGAUUCAGAUCAACACUUCACUUCUGUCGUCGUGCAAGAUUGGGAUCCGGAUGCAGAUCCAGAUGAUGCAGGGCCUUCGAAAAAUGCUGCACAGCCGGUGUUGACGUCUAGCAACGACCCGGCGAAACGGCGAAAGAAUGGGAGGGAGCACAAAACAGUGCCACCGGCCAAGCCAGCGACAGCGGCCAUUUCUGACCUCAUCGAACCAGAAGCAGAGUCAAUACUGCGUGAAGCAGAUCAGAUUCUCUCGCAGCACCAAGCGCAUUUGGCUGAUGCGUCGUCCUCCAGCAAGCCAAAGGCAUUCCACUAUGAGACGGCGGCCGAGCGUGCGGCGAACCGAUUAAAAGUGCGUGAGAAGAGAGCCAAGCAAGCUGCCAAGCGCAAGGAGGAGAACCGCGAGGCGCUCAAGGCAGGAUCGAAGAAGGGCAGCAGCAAGCUCAAAAAGGCGGGCAAGCGAGGGAAGGGCGGGAUCGGCAGCGGCGCCAAGAAAAAGGCCAGCAAGUCGUAAAGAGCGACUCUUUUUUCCAUCUUGCUUCACAAUGCUGUUUAUUUGUCACGCGCGCAAUAAUGAUCAUCACGCGGC